UGAAUUUUUAAGUAUUAUAACAAUGGACAUUCCUUCACCCUGGCUAUCUCUUUUCAGCAAAUAACCUGGGAGGAGGACAGGAGGAGUGCGGCGGGCGGGCAGGCCAAACGAGGACUCGCUGCCGGUGGGCAGGAGACAUGGAUCGCAGCGAGCAAGGUCUACUGAGAACAGACCCAGUACCCGAGGAAGGAGAAGAUGUUGCUGCCACUAUCAGUGCCACUGAGACCCUAUCAGAGGAGGAGCAAGAAGAGCUAAGAAGAGAACUUGCUAAGGUAGAAGAAGAAAUCCAGACUCUGUCUCAAGUGUUAGCAGCAAAAGAAAAGCACCUAACAGAGAUCAAGCGGAAACUUGGGAUGAAUUCACUAGAGGAACUAAAACAGAACAUUGCCAAAGGGUGGCAAGAUGUGACAGCCACGUCUGUGUACAAGAAGACCUCUGAAACCUUAUCUCAGGCUGGACAGAAGGUUUCAGCUGCUUUUUCAUCUGUUGGAUCAGCCAUCACCAAAAAGCUGGAAGAUGUAAAAAAUUCUCCAACUUUCAAAUAAUUUGAGGAAAGGUUGAAAGUUUAAUGUCUAAAGUAGGGGGAACCAAGCCUGCUGGUGGUGAUUUUGGAGAAUUCUUGAAUUCUACUGCAAACGCUAGUUCCACCACCAUGGAGCCUCUUCCAGAAGAGACACAGGAGAGCCUGUGAGAUUCCACCUUUGUUCUGCUACUCGCUGCCAGAUGCUGCAAGCGAGAUCCAAGCACAUCUUGUCAACAUUCAUUGCCAUGAAUUUCCACCAGAUGUGCCUUUGUUGAACUUUACAUAUUCCUUUGACCAAAUAGUUUGUGGGUUGAACAACGUAAAAAUAUCUUAACCUCUAUUCCUGGGAGACACCCUUUCAUGUGCAUUUAAGGCCCUUUAUUUAGGAAAUAUCAUGAUAAAAACACAUAUAGUACCUGGAGAUCCUCACUAGAAUGACCUAAGAAGCUGUGGGUUAUCAUAAUUGCUUUCCUACUUUACAAAAUUGCUCUGGACCUGGGAUACCAGUUUGAUCUUUGUCUUCUAUACAAUUUUCUUUUUUCCUCUUUGAAUCUCUGUAUAUUUGAUUCCUACAUAAGAUUGCUCUUUAAAAUUAUCUGUAUCCUGGUUAUUAAAAGUUUUGGCAAAAUGUUCUUUACCUCCAAGGGAAGAACUACCAGCUACAAAAAAUAUUUCGAAUAGGUAUUGUUUUGGUAUAAGUUAUCUUAUAUCUUGGGUGUUUGAAGACACCAGACUAAAUAUUCAAUUCGUUAUAGCUUUGUAAGUGACAAUAUGUACAAGUAAUUCAAAAUCCUAGGCGACUUGAUACUGGAGCCCUCACAUCCUUGUUUAUCACCAUCUGUGACAGUAACCAUUUUAGUGUCAUG